AUGACCGUCAGCCGGGAGGUUACCACUUUGUCAGACCCUAUGUUGCUUGAAAAGGUCGACAAGCUCCGUGACUUGAACAUUGGCCAACAUGUACCUCUCCCACAGCUUGUUGUAGCUGGAGAUCAAAGCUCUGGCAAGUCCUCCUUACUGGAAAGCCUUACCGGAAUUCCGUUUCCAAAAGACCAAAGCCUCUGCACUCGUCAUGCAACGCAGAUCACAUCUCGACGCAAUAUCAAUGACCGUGUCGAUAUACGUAUUAUUCCUGGCCCACACGCGUCAGAGGAGCAUAGGAAGGAGGUCGAGGGAUUUCAGAUGCACAUGCCUUCGCGUUUGAAAUUUUGCGAGCAGUUCGAGGAAAUCUUGAAGAAGGUUAGUGAGACUUGA